UUCCUUUUUGCUUUUUCUCUGUUUCGGUCACCCAUCCCUCUGACUUGUCUUUGGGUUGGGUCCGAGUUUCAGCAUGGUCGUGUCCUUUAAUAGGACCAUCGACGUUGACUGUCAGGGGCUCCCUGAGGAGGUACUUUUCUCGGAAGCGGUUGGUUUGUUGCUGGGUUUUUUUGACCGUGAGUCUGACCAUCGGGUGGCUGCGGUGCAGGCAUGUCCUGGCCGUGUUGCGAGAGUCACUUUUGCUGAGAACGGCGAUGCUGCUAAGUUAUUUUUUGAGGAGCUAGGUGUCAUCAAGUUGGGCGAUGUAGAGUGUAGGGUGGUUAAACCCCCUCCUCCUCCUCCCCAGCUUACUACUGUUGUAGUCUCUUGGUUUCCCUUUGAGGGAUCAAACGACGCCAUCAGCACAGCUUUGUCUGCAUAUGGUACGGUCAAAUCUGUUCGCAAUCAGGUUUGGCCCGGAAGGCCUUCAGUGUCCACCGGGUCACGCAUCGUCCAAAUGGUCAUUAGGAAUGUCAUUCCACCGUUUAUCCCUAUCCGCGGUGUUCGUUGUAAAACUUGGUAUAGGGGGCAACCCCUCCAGUGUGGGACUUGCCGGAAAGUUGGCCACAAGUCAGCUGAUUGUCCUCUCAAAGGAAAAUGCUUCCGGUGUCAUCAAGAUGGGCACUUGGCUCGGAAUUGUAAGGUGACCGUGGCUGCUCCAGCUGAGGCUGACGCCCCUGUUACAGAGAACGGUGUGGCUGUUCCUCCGGUGAAGAGCACUCCCGCCGAAGAAGAGACCCCCGACACUGCUAUUGAAGACUCUGAAGAUGAAGUUGGUUCACCUCCAGACUCUGAUGCAAGCGAAGACCGGUUCGCCUCUUGUGAAACGACUGGAAAUGAGAAUAUUAUAUCAGCAACCGAGGGUUUUGCUAACCCUGCUGACUCUGACAUGGCUGGUGAAAGUGGUCCCUGGACCACUGUUUCCCGGAAACGCCCCGCUUCCUCUGUUCCCGUUUCAGUUAAGAGGACUCAACAGGCCCCAUCUAAAAGUCCUGUGGUUUCACCCAUGAGUGAUAUCCGCAAUGGCCCUGAUGUUUUCCUUGAAGUUCCGGAAUUGGCAGCCUGUUCUGCAGACCACCGUGCAAUCCUGUGGGAGAUUGCGGUUGAUUAUCGUAAACCGCCUGAUCAGCGAAAACGUUUUUGCCGUUGGACUUCAGAUCCCCGCUUUAUUGGUUUGAAAGAUGAGGACUUUAAGACUGCUAUAAAAUUUUUCAACAAAAAGUUCCCAAAGUAAUUAAUUAAGGUCAUAAAAAGAAAAACAAAAGAAAAUAAUUAGUUAAGUAAUGAGCGGGUGUGUUUAAUUUUUGGGUGUGAGUGUGUUAAUUUUUAAGUGAGGUGGGGUUCGAUUCCCCAGCGAG